ACCAGCGAACGAGCGGGGGACACUUCUUUCAUUUGCCGGGAACUGUAUAAAUGGUGAGGAGAAAUAGUUCCAUAUCAAACAGUUCUGCAACUGCGCCACAUCGAUUCACGGUCUUCUUCCAAAACACUCUAACGUGCGAAAUCAAAUGUGCCACACACAGAUAUUGAUUGGCUUGGCCUUUUUAUUGGUAACUUACGCCUCGAGUGCGUCAUUGACGCCUCACGAAGAACACGUGGUCCUCAACCAUCAACCUGCUGAGCACCUCAAAAGGUCGCUGGGAGACAGAUUAAACACCCAUGAGCUCAUCUUCCGUAAACGAUCGUUAUUGGACGAUAGCUUCCAAACUAUUUCUGGCGGGAGUGGACCGGACCGGUCCCUCUCCCUCAGAUCCCCAGCGAAUUCCCAUGUCCAUUCCAUCGCCCAAAGGUCCACCUAUUUGAACGGAUUGGACACCGUGAGGUCCCUGACCAAAAGAUCGGCCGAACCCGCAGCUCCGUAUCGCGGCCACAGUUUCCAACGCAAUUCUUCGAUUCGGCGAAGGCCUAUCAGGACCCGCUCUCGGUUUUACCGCACCCGGGAAAAUCCUAACCGUGUCUCACCCUCGGGUUAGAAGUGAUUCGACCCUCCACACGCGACUCCUCGACCAAUUGAACCACACCUGCGAACCCCUUACCUCACACACAUCUCCAUGUUAUACGUCGUCUUAGGUCGAAUAAUUAUCUAAAUUGUGUCUCGUUGAUGUUUUGACAGUAUUCAAUGAUGCAAUUCAUGUGGUAAUUUCGUGUAGCAGGUCAAUCUACUGCUGCCUAUCGAUUUUUUUUUGUGCGAAAUAAAAAUAAAUAAACCUCAAAUUUG